CGGGGACUGGAAACACUGCUGCUGGAAAACGGAAUUUUCCGGGGGGGUAAUAGCAAAACACGCUUGCUAAUUUGCCCGAUCGCCUUGAACCCUAGCCUCUCCGCCCCCCUUCGCCCCCCCGCGUUCCCCAACCCUCAUCCGGCCGCGCCCCACGCCUGAUUCGGCCCCGGGACGCCCCGAAGGUCGCCGGUGAGGAGCGCAGGCGCGCCGGCGCGCCCGGAUCCGGUGGAAGCGCGGCGGAUUUCGGCGGCUGACCUGUCUUGGCGGCCCUCGGGGUCGCGCCGGCGUUGCUCCCUGAUUCCGGAUCUGCGACGAGCGCCGCCCCUACCGCCACGGAGCAGAGCUUCGCCGUCCAUCUUCCCCCCAAGGUCAGCAACGCCGCCGGCCUCUGCUCAGGCGCCGCACCGCCAGAAGGUCCCCUGCGCCCCUUCCUCGCACCGCCAGAAGCUCCCUGCGUCCCUUCCCCGCCGCCUCUGCUCCGGAUCCGCCGCCCCCGAGGCCAGCAGCGCCGGCGCCUCUUUUUUUCUCCUCCGACUGGACCAGCAUCUCCGGCCCCGAACUGACUCCCUGAACAACGCCGACGCCCCUAGCAAGGAGCUCUUAUCCAGACAGCCGAUUCUCCAGGCAGUUGGCUUAUGUCAGAAUCUUGAUUCUCAGAGAAGCGAGGUUCAGAAAAGCGGAAACAAACAGGGCCUAUGAAGGCGGCGGGAUACGGCCUCUACGAUAGUAGCGGGACUGAUGAUGAUCUUCCCCCGGCACAAAAUAGAGGACUAAGAGGGCGAUCGUUCAGUGCAAACGGUCGAGCAUCUGCUGGGGCUUUUCCUUACAUGAGGGCAAAUAAUGAUUUGGAGAGCGAAAUACAUCGGGUCGAGCAAGAUGCAUAUACUGGUGUUCUUAGAGCAUUCAAAGUGCAAUCCGAUGCAAUAUCAUGGGAAAAAGAGAGUUUGAUUACUGAACUCAGGAAAGAACUGAGAGUGUCUGAUGAGGAGCAUAGGGAGCUGUUAAAUAGAGUCAAUGAAGAUGGGGCCAUCCAUCGAAUGAGGGAGUUAAGGCAGGCUGGUGGAACUCCAAGUGCUCUGCAUCGUGGUAGCAGGGCUCUAUAUGAUGCAGAACCUGGGCCCACUGCCAAGAGACAAAGGACAUCUCAUUUGAUUCCUUCGCAAUCUGCAGGCCUCCAGUCCCCUGUGAUGCCUUCGCACUCCGUUCCAUCUGCAAAAUGGGGCCCACUAUCUGCAAGAGGCAAGAAGCCAAAGACGCCCAUGCCACGGGCACUACCAUCUGCGGAUCCAAGCUCAUUAAUAAAUCACAAAGUUUAUACAAGGUGGCCAGACGACAACAACUUCUAUGAGGCCACCAUAACCCGUUAUAACCCCGUGACGGGUGAGCAUGCACUCGUUUAUGAUAUGGGCACACAAGCUGAGACUUGGGAAAUGGUCAGGCUUUGUGAUAUGCCACCUGAAGAUAUAAGAUGGGAAUUUGAUGGGCAUCUUUCAAAUCGAGAUGGUUGGGGCCCUUCUGGCCCUAUGUUGACUAGGCACCUCAGCAGCAAUGGUGCUAUGGCAGGCCCGAUCAGGGGGAGAGGCAGGUUAUCAAUCAAUGAGCCUACAAAGGACUACGCUCCACCUCAAAAUGGGAUCAAUAGGAAUUUCAAUAACAUUGACAUUCCAAACACUGAAAAUGUUGUGACAGAGGUGGAGAGGGUGUUGUCCAAUCCGAAUAUUCGUGAAAUUGAAAACGCAAGGAAACUGCUGAAAGAUCAAGAGCAGUCACUACUGGAUGCAAUUGCCAGACUUGAUGAAGCAUCGGAUAGUGAAAGUGAAGAUAUGGCCACAGAAGGCCGAACGGGUCCUGCUGGCGAAGGCAAUGGAAUAACAACUUAGUUGUUGCUAGCAUGUUGUUGAAAUUGUAAGAUUAACAUGCCUUUUGGACCACCUGCCUCAAACUCUGGACAAAGAAACCAUGUUAUGGCAAACUGGGUUGCCGAAAGAGGGCGUAUUGGAAACAGUUGCCAGUUGGUGCUGAAAUGGGAUUAUUUGGUUACUCCUACGAGGGGCAGGGAGACGAUGAAAAAAAAACUGUUUGGGCGCCAUCUCUUCUGGUGAUUAUGGCGGUGGUAUUUCCAAUGUAACUCUAGAAGUAACGUAAUACUCUAGAAAUGAUUAUUAACAUGAAUCACCUGAUGUCUAACCCUAGCGCAAUAUCUUGUGUCUCAGAUGUACAUUGUAUUUUACCUUUGUUGUGAUUGUAGUGAGCAGGCAAAAUUGGCUGUUCUUGUAUUUUAAUGAGAAAAGACAUUUUCAUGUGC